AUGGAAGCCUCCAAGCAGGAGAACGCCUUUGGCCUUUUGGUCCAGAUUAAUAAGGAGCUUCGCAGGCUCCAGGCCAACACAACUAACCCUGACACCCGGCUCACCAUCCAAGCCCUCUGCCGCCGGACACAGCAAUGUCUUGAAACAGGCGGUCACCCCAAGGAGGCCUCUGAUAUCAAGAUCAAGUUUGACGAGCUGAUACUUCCUGUUAAUCAGGAGGCGAGCUACCCAGUCUUCAUCCGCCGUCUUCGUAACAUCGAUGCCGGAAACUUGCUCGGCUGCUAUCUUCCCAGCAGUAACUGGUUCUCCCGCGAGUCGCCGUGGCGUUAUGGCGGCAACAACGACCCACACAUCUGCGGCGAUGCGGAAUACCAUGACCGUUAUGACUGCCCUCAGGCGAUCCCUCUCACGGCCUUGUACGAAGCCUUCAACGAGGAGCAUGCGAUCAAGGAGCAGUGGUUGACGAGAAUGAUCGGCCUCCGCGGAACCCUCCGUCCGUCCCAGCCUGCUAGCCCCUGGAGCGACUACUUCAAGAAAGUCGCAUUGUGGAGUAUUGAGAAUCAGAGCCCCGAUGAAGCGUGGGACUUUCGGCGCAUCGUGGAGUGUCUCCGGGAGAACUACGAACGCGCCAACCAAUUCCAGGACCCAUACCAGAAGUUCCUGGACUACGGCCUGGAUUACACGUUGGCACGGCUUGUGCAAGACUGUCGUGAUAGAGUCUCGAAACGCAUCGCUGGCGAAGUCGAAGGUUUUCGAAAGGACCUGCUGAUUGUGGCUCUGAAGAAUGCAAAGCUAUAUUACUUCGCCAACGACGAUUGCCUCACGCCCAAUGACUGGGUCAAAGACGUGCUGGCAGCAGGUGGCCAUAAAAGGACUCCGCGAGAGGCUCUCGGACCCGUCCCGAACAUCAUAAUGACUUGUGACUGGGCUGAGGUUCACGAGGCUAAAGGAAGACUGGUCACAGUAGGCUGUCUCCAUGAGGACACCGGAAAGGAAUGGCACCCGCAUGUCCUCGGCAUCGACAACGGCAAAGACUUGGAGCUUGACGCCAGUUUGCGCGCCAACAGGGCUCACAAAGCUGAAUAUGAAGCGCGGUGUGUGAAGCAAGAGGCUGAGAGCGAGCAGCCGGAUACCACCGAGGAGGGCAAUAGUGAGGAAGACGAUGAGUACGAGGCAGACGAUGAAGAAGAGGAAGACGAGGGCGGCGAUGUGUCGCCCGAUGAGAAUUCGGAAACCUCCCCCGAAGCCACCGAGGAAGCCGACAGCUCGGAGGCGGAACGCCCUUCAUCCUCACAACCGCGGGAGGUGAUAGAGCUCAGCGAUGGUGAUGAUGGCUUUUCGGGGGGGAGCCGGCAGCUGUUUGCAGAGUUUGAUCAUCACCAACGAGACAUCGACCGUUUUAAGUCGCGGGUGAGAUAUGAGGCCGAAUCCGAGGACGAGGAUGAAGACGACGCCGAAUUCAGUGGUUUUCAGUCCAGUUCUGAGGGCUCUGACUCUGACUACUGA